CAGGAUAAGCAAACCAGUAGGCAGCACCCUCCACGGUCUCUGCUUUCCGUGUCUGCUUCAAGUUUCUGCCUUUAAAUUCUGUUCUGACUUCCCUUCGUGUAAGCUGUAAGGAGGACACUACUUUCUUCAAUCAACCAGCAUGAAUGCAGUGGCAGACACGGCCCUGUUUUUUGCCAAGUUUCUAUAUUACUUUUUAGAAUCGUUAGUUUUCAAGGUAAUUCCUAAAAGGAAAAAGGAUGUUGCUGGAGAGAUUGUCCUUAUCACAGGAGCUGGAAGCGGACUUGGACGGCUACUGGCCAUGCAUUUUGCCAGCCACGGGGCCAUUCUAGUUCUCUGGGAUAUUAAUCAAGAAGGUAACAUGGAAACAUGUAGACUGGCCAAAGAGAAGGGCAGUGUGAAGGUCUUUACCUACAAGUGUGACUGCAGCAACAGGAAAGAGGUCUACAGAGUCGCCGACCAGGUUAGAGAAGAAGUAGGUGAUGUCACCAUUCUCGUUAAUAAUGCAGGUGUCGUGACAGGGAAGCCCUUCCUUGAUAUUCCAGACCACAUGGUGGAAAGAUCGUUUCUUGUCAACGCCAUCUCUCAUUUCUGGACUUGUAAGGCCUUUCUUCCGGCCAUGAUUAAAGCUGACCAUGGUCACCUGGUCUGCAUUUCAAGCAUGGCAGGACUCGUGGGUACUACUAUGCUCUCAGAUUAUUCUUCAAGCAAAUUUGCAGCCUUUGGCUUGGCUGAGUCCCUCUUCCUUGAAUUAACUAUGCAGCAAAAAUCUAAAAUUAAAAGCACCAUCGUUUGCCCAUAUUUCAUCAAAACUGGAAUGUUUGAAGGUUGUGAAACCAAGUAUCCACUUCUGUUACCUCUACUGGAUCAGGAGUAUGUGGCUCAAAAAAUCUUCACUGCUAUUUUAGAGGAACAAGUUUACCUGCUCAUACCCAAGUUUGCGUACUUUGCGCUAUUUCUCAAACAAAUAAUAUCUCCAAAAAUGAUGAUUGCCCUGGGUGAGUACCUUGGCGUAGACACCUGUAUGACAUCAUUUCGAGGGAGAGCAAAAGCAGAACUGCAGGCCGAAACAGAAAGGAAACAGCAAUAACCCAGGCCUCGGGUGUGGUAAUCGCACACAAGGAUGAGAGGGUUUUGAUGAUCGUAUGAAGACUGCUGAAGGGACUGAAACUGAACACGCUUAUUGGAUUUUAGAAAAUCUGUAGCGCCUGUUUUAUUUGCAUCCCCAUGUGUUGAAGACUUCUCCGCUCGUUUACUCCAUCAGAAAAACAAACACCUUCGACCUUCUACACUCUGCUGGCUUAGAAAUAAAACAUAUUUUUGUAAUAGCAUCAGGAAAUACAGCUUUAAUUACUGUACCUCAAUUCAACUUAUUUUUCAGACACCUAACAUGGGAAUUUGCACUUCGUAUCUGGCCAUUUCACAUGCAGUCGUAACAAUGGCACUUCUGGUCACAUCUGGGCUAGAAAUGCUUCCUCAACUGUGGUUACUGCAUAUUGAUCUCAUUAACCUCUCUUACGUUCAAGGACUACUGACAGUGAGGCCAGAAAUGUACAUUUCUACCACAGUGCAAUAUGCCUUCUGCUAGUGAGAGAGCUUAGUGCUGACAUCUAUCCUUAUAUUACCAGGGACACGGUCCUUAUACACUUUUGCAUCUAAAGCGUAGUUUGUCCAGAGGCAGGAAAAGAAGGGCGAGGUUAGCCUAACAGAAGAACAAAACAGUACAGAAAGGACUUCAGUAAGAUGUUGGACAGCUUCAUGAGUUUAAAAAUGGACUUGCUUUGCUUUCACUGUGUAGUCUAGGGAGAGUCUUUUUAUCCACUAGUUUAAUACAUAUUUGCCAAGUACCUGCUAUGUACGAUGCUAUAAACAGAGAGGUGAGUAAGACACUCACUAAAUAUAGAACAAGAGCUUUCUGGGAGCUGCUAACCACACACAGACUGGUUUGGUUUGGUUUUGCCCUUUUCCUGGUCAAUAUUGUUGUUCAAUAUUGUAGACUUAGAGUAUUUAAAACUACACAGUCUGUUCUCCUGCUUUUUAUUUGUAUUGACAUAUUCUAGA